UGUGUGUGUAUAGAAACCUAUGUGUGUGGAGACCUGAGAGCCAGUUUUUGAGACAGGGCCUCUCAAUGACCUUGGAGCUUGCAGAUUUGGCUAGUCUGGCUGGCCAUCGAGUCACAAGGAUCUGAUCUCUGUCUCCUAAAUACUGGGAUUAGAGGUCUGCCAACGUCAUGGUGGCUGGUUUUGGGAAAUACAUGUGGGCUCUGAGGGACUGAACUCAUGCUUUCCCAGCAAGCACUGCACAGAUUGAGCCAUGCCCCUAACCCUAGAUGCACUGUAAAUAUGUAUUUCUCUAAUAUGCUUUGCUAUGUGUGAAGGAUGACCCGAGGCAGUCUUCUGCCAUGCUGACUCAGUUCUGGUAAAGAUAGUUUGAAAAUGGUAACCUCACGGUGGGUGUCUCAAUCCCUAAUUCAAAUCCCUUCCAAGUAUUCUGUAAAUUUUUUUUCCAGAAACAACAACAACAAAAUAACAGUAACAACAAAAAACGUAAUUUUAUCUGUGAAACUCAGCUCAGCAUGUACGCGUUCACUAAGUUUAGCACUAUUGAGAAAGUGUCUUAAGGAUAAAGAAAGGUUAUUGCGUUUUUGAAGUUUACAGCAAAGCAAGUAAGAAAAGGCCAGAGACUAAAAAGUGAGUCAGUCUCAUUUCUUUCAUCUGACUCCGGUUGCUGACUUUAGAUCGGUCCAAGGACACCGAGCUGUUGGGCCUUGUAGGACAAACUUGCUCUGAUAUCCAGCCAAGGGAUAAAGAAAUUGACAUAAAGACUCAAAGGAAACCAUGACUCUUGCAAAACAAAAGACAAAAGGUGUAGGAAGGAUCAUAAUUCAAGUGGGAAGCCUGCUCGAUAGUCCCAGCUCAGCACAAGGCUUUCCGAGUCUCCUUGACUUCAGUCAGUUAGAUGUCAGCGGCAUGUAAGGCAGCGUUGCCAAGGGGUGUGAAGAAAACACUUAACUCUAAAACCUAUUCCCUGAUCCUCAAGGAGCUUACAACAGCGUUGGAGAGAUUAGCGGGGUAACUAACACUUGAGGGCGGUCAAUGAAACGUGAAAAACGAGUUGGCAAAAGCCUUGGAGGAGGAGGAAUUCACUGUUCAGGAUCACUGGGGGCUGGGGGCUUGUCAGGAAGGCUUUAAGAGGAGGGAUGCAAAGUAGGCCCUCAGUGGAGCUAGGGCUUUAGGAGGGCGGGAAAGUCAGGCACUCCGGUCUCCGGACAGUGGAGGCGCCAGCAAAGCACUUGCUGGUCGAGCCCUCUCCGACCCGGCGCGCACGCGCAGUUCAGCUCGACUGCCCGCGCUCGGAGCUCGGCCCGCGGGAAGCGGACUGGGGCCCGCGAGCGCCGGACAAGGCGGGAAAAGCUCCGCGCAUGCGUAUGCUGGCAGGCCCGGCUCCUCAGGAUGGGGAAGGGAAGGUGGAGUUUUCAAGCGGGAACUUGACCCGUUAGGCGCCGCGGCUAUGGCGGCGCGCUCGCCGUCGUCCUCACCGCCUUCGCCCCUGGCGCGGCGGUCCAGCCGCCGGGCCCUGCGCGUCGGGCGUGGAGCCGAGGUGCACGCUGUGCGCAGCGAGGCCUCGGGUCUGGCGAGCACCGCGAGGGAGGUCGUCGCGGAUAAAAGCGACUUACUCUGGAGGGGCAAAGAAGGGUCAGGGGGCCGGCGAGGGUCCGGGCGGCCCGGGGCCGCUCUCGCUCCAGUCCUCAGCGCGCCUGUGGGGUCCUGGUGGCCAGGGGGCCUCUCCUCGGUGGAGGCGAAGGCAACGCGAUCGCAGCUGCUGGAGGAAGAGCUGAGCAGCGUAAAGGAGGAGCUGGCCCAGUGUCAGGCUGACAAAGAAUUCGUAUGGUCUCUGUGGAAACGUCUUCAGGCAACAAACCCAGAUCUCACUCAAACUGUCAGUUUGGUUGUGGAAAGAGAAAAACAGAAAUCUGAAGCCAAAGACAGAAAAGUUCUGGAAAUUUUACAAGUCAAAGAUGCGAAAAUACAAGAAUUGGAGCAGACUGAAGCAGUACUAAACCGGGAGCUAUAUGACCUUGUAAAGCUGAAGACGCUGGUUGAUGAAGAAAAUGCUUUCUUGAAGAAAGAAUUCAGUGAUUUACAGAAGAAAUUUAAAGAUAAAAGCCAAGAAGCUAAGGACGCCAAGGAGUGUGUACAGAGUAAAGAAGAGCAAAACAGAUUGCUUAUAAAAAACCUGGAGGAGGAAAACGAGAGGGUCCGUGCACGCUGCACUGACCUGCUAAAUGACCUGGAGAAACUGAGGAUGCAGGAGGCACACUGGAGGGAAGAAAAGCACAGUGCGGAUGCGAAAGUAAAGGUCCUUGAAGAAAAUUUGAUUGAAGCAAAGAAGGAAAUUGAGUCGUCACAGAGUAGAUAUAAUGCUGUGUCACUGCAGCUGAACAGCAAACAGACUGAACUUCUCCAAAAAGAUAUGGACAUCACACUCGUCAGGCAAGAACUGCAGGAGCUGCAGAAUCUGUACAAGCAGAACAGUGCACACACAGCACAGCAAGCAGACCUGAUCCAGCAGCUCCAGGUUCUCAAUAUGGAUACGCAGAAAGUACUGAGGAACCAGGAAGAUGCUCACACAGCUGAAAGUAUAACAUACCAGGAACUUUAUAAUGAAUUACAUAUUUGUUUUGAAACUACAAAAUCAAAUGAAGCUAUGCUCCAGCAAAGAGUUGCUAAUCUUCAGCAUCAACUGUUUCAAAAAGAACAGGAAAAUGUAAAAUUAAAAGAAAAACUUCAGGAAUCACAAGGAACACUGGGUUUAUCACCGCACGAGAGUGAUUCAAACCACUCAGCAAAGGCACCGUUAUCAAGCUUGGAAACAUUAAUGAUCUCACAGAAGUCUGAAAUUGAGUAUUUACAGAAGAAGCUAAAAGUGGCAAAUGAAAAGUUAAUGGAGAAUAGGUCUUGUGACCAGGAGCUCUCAGAGAAGGGGACUGAAGGAAAACGCACGACAGUUCAACCAUGUCCUUGUUUUAUUCUCGAGGAGCCACCUGUGAAACGCUCAAGGUCUUUGUCCCCAAAGAGCUGUUUCAUGGACUCCGAGGAGCUAAGGAAGCUUAAAAAGGCUGAAAGAAAGAUUCAAAACUUAGAGAAGACACUACAGCUAAAGAGCCAAGAAAAUGAUGAGCUAAGAGAUGCCCAUGAAAAACGCAAGGAAAGGCUACAGAUGUUACACACCAACUACAAAGCAGUAAGAGAGCAAUUAAAACAGUGGGAGGAAGACAGUGGCAUGACUGAAACCAGAAAACCGAAGCGAGCAGAUCCUCAACAGCUUCGACGAGAAGAUUCUGAUGCUGUGUGGAAUGAACUGGCAUAUUUCAAAAGAGAAAACCAGGAGUUGAUGGUUCAAAAGAUGAAUCUUCAAGAUGAAUUGGAUGAGCUUAAAAUAUAUAUGACUAUUGAUAAAACAACAAUACAGGAAUUGAACAGAUGCAUGGCAGAGAAAAGAGAAGAACAACUCUUUAGACACCAUGAAGAUGCUGGGGUCAAGAAGAGUACUCCAGAGAAGAAUGAGAAAGCAAUAUCGGAGCAGACAUUAGAGAAGGUCAUUGAGUUGGAAAAUCGGCUAAAAUCUUUUGAGAAAAACUCAAGAAAAUUAAAAGAAGAGAGUAAGAAAUUAAAGAAAGAAAAUGAUUUCCUGAAAUCCCACUUACAACACUAUCAAGAAGACUCGGAGAGCAGAGGAAAGGAGCUAGAGAAACUACUGAGAGUGAGCAGCAGUGUAGAACAGGACAAAAGUGAGCUUCAAACAAAAGUCACUGCUCUGGAGAGGGAGGUCACUACGCUGAGGAGACAAGUGGCAAAAGCUAAGGCUUUGAGAGAUGAAAACGAAGAGGUGGUGAAUCCAGAGGAAAAGGAACACUGCCCAACAGACAAAGCUAAAUCUGAGAUGGCCACCACAGAUGUGAGAGCCCAGCACUGUGACUGCAAGACAACCACUACCAAGGUGAAAUUUAAAGCUGCCAAGAAAAAGUGCUCUGUGGGUCGCCACCACACUGUUCUCAAUCACUCCGUCAAGGUUAUGAGCCAUGUGGAGAACCUCAGCAAGGAUGGCUGGGAGGACAUGAGUGAAGGCAGCAGUGAUUCUGAAACACAAACCUUUCAAAAUUUGGGAACAGUUAUUGUGGAAACAUCCCAGAAUAUAAGGCCUAUAGAAAAUGAUGGAAACCAGAAGGAAACUGACCAAACAGAAGACAGCCGUGCUCAACAAGAAGUGCAGACAUACUCCUGUGAGGACCUCAAGGCCCCACAGAAUACGAAGAAAAUGACUUUUCAAAACAAGAGUGGAAGUCUACAGAAGAACUUACACAGUGCCCUUCCUGCCAGAGUUAACAGAGAAAAGUGCAAAACUAAACCUGCCCAGAAAUCCAGUAGCAACACUAUUUUAUUACGAGAACGGAUUGUAUCCUUGCAGCAACAAAACAGUUUGCUUCAGAAUGCCAGGAAAGCAGCAGAGUCGUCUGCUAAAGAAUUUAAAGAAGCAAAUGAAAAACUCCUCCAUCAACAGCAGAUAUCUGAUCACCGAUUCCAGACCAGCAGGCAGACAAUAAAGAAGCUAACUCUUGAUUUAGCUGAACUUCGAAAAGAGAAAGAAGAUUUGUUGAAGAAAGUGGAGUCUUCAUCUGACAUCACAAGCUUGGCAGAAGAAGUUUCCAGAAUAAUGGCCCCACAGAUACAAGUUACCACACUGGGUCCUUCAAGGAGCACGGAUUUGGAAAUAAAGCAAUUGCAGUGUAAACUAAAGAAUGCAACUAACGAACUCACUAAGCAGUCCUCGAGUGUGAAGUCGCUGAAGCUGGAACUUCUGGCGAAGGAUGACCACAUGAAGGCGAUGCAGGAGAAGAUGUCUCGAAUGGAGAGAGAUAUAACCAUGAAAAGACACCUGAUUGAGGACUUGAAAUUUCGACAGAAAAUAAAUUCAGAAAGUAAUGAGAGUUUUAAUGAAAUGUUAGGAACUCUUGAAAAAAAGGUAAAGACAUUAACUGAAGAAUGUUCCAACAAGAAGGUAUCAGUUGAUUCACUAAAGCAAAGACUUAGCGUUGCUGUGAAAGAGAAAUCACAGUAUGAACAGAUGUAUCAGAAAAGUAAAGAGGAGUUAGAAAAAAAGGAUCUCAAGAUGAAUCUCCUGAUAUCAAAACUAAAUGACACGGAGACAGCCAUGGCUCAGAUCAAGAGCGCAGCGUCGGAGCAGCUCCAAGGCUUGGCGUUGCAGAGUGAGCAGGUCCUGGAAGGCACGCAGAAGAAACUGCUGCUGGCCAAUGAAAAGAUCGAGGAGUUCACUGUCUUUGUGCAGGGCACAAGCAGACUAUGGAAGAGGUGGAAGGGCCAUCUGCUCUAGAUCUACUCUUGAAUAUGGAAUUUGGCCCUGGGGUGAAAUCAAGUGCUUUGAGCAUCUGGGCUGGAUAUAUGUGGCAGAGCUGAGGCUUUGAAUUCUCCUAGUAACUGGAUAAAACACACUGGGGAAAUUUCUAGAAGUAUUUGCUCAAUUUGAGUCAGCCUUGAUAUUAUAUAUAGGUUUGUUAAUGUGCAUGCAUGUGAGAGUCAUAUGCCAGACACCAUUUUCUCAAAAAUUUUUGUUGUUCUUAACUAUAAAAUACAAGCUAGCUAAACAACAGCAUUUAGCUGGAACGUGUGCAUGGUUUCCUUAUCAAUAAAUGUUUUUGUUUGGUAAAAUUUAGUUUGAUUCUUGGGGAUUUGCACUUCUUUCUUCUUUAGUGUAGGCAUUUGUUGAACAUUCCAAUUUUAUGUUUACAUUUGCAUGGUUAAUAUUUAGGCACUGCUCUUUUUUUUUAAUUAGGAGUUUUAAACACUUCUAUAAUAUAAUCACCUUGAAUUCAUACUUAAUCUUUUCUCACUAAAGUAAAAUUAGAGCUUUUAAAGGAAAGGGUUUUAAUAAAAUAUAUUAAUUUAACUGGUGAGCUUUAAACUAUAUUAAACUAUACCUCAGUAAACCUAUUUAAAUGCUGUUAAGACACGGGCAAACUUCUGAAUUACUUGUCAACCCAGCAGCACUAUGGGAUUCUUCUAAUAAAAAGGGCCAUCGCUUGACCCAGAACUAGGAAUUCAAGCCACUUCAGAAUUUUUCAAAAGGCUGUUAAAAUGCGUUAUUUCUUUAGGAAACCAUGAUAAGAAUGAUGACUUCAGAAUUUUUAAGUGAAACUCAAGAUCAUAUGUUAUUAGCUAACGCAUUCAAGGCUCACAGACUAGAAAACCCCAAGAAAAUAAAGCUGGAAAACUAGAGCUAGUAAGAGCGCAGUAUUAUGGCUUCCUGUUUACGAAUGCUACUGCUGCUGCUUACAGUAAAUGAUCAGAAUUGAAGACAGAGUAGCUGUGCAUUGACAUGUCCAUCCAAGAAAGUCUUUUCAUUUUGAAAAUGUCCUCUGAUAUUGGGACAAUGGAGAUCAUUAUAAAGGACAAGGGUGUUAUUUCAUAUUGCCAUAUAUGGGUAAUUUGCAAAGAAAAUAAGUAUAUGUUCAUUCUGUCCCUAAUAAUAUGGUAAGCAAUGCUUGAAGGAAGUGGAAAAACAAAAAGGAAGUGACUAGAUUAUUACUUCCCCAUAGUUUGUUUAAUCUAUAGUAUAUUCAUAAAUCAGUAGUUCAAAAUAGAAAAAAAAUACCUUCUUUUGAAAUCAUUUACAAUAUUUCCAGACUAUUUUAUAUCCUUACUCAAAAAAUUCAUAAACGCAGAAGUUAUUUUCACUAUCUGUCAUGAAUAUAAUAUAAUUAUGCUUUAACAAAAUAGCUAUUAAAAUGCAUCAACUUAAAAACUUUCAAACUCUGUAUGAUUUGGGACUAAGAUAGACCUAACAUUUAACUUCCUAAGAUGGUAUCAAACAGGAGAGUGAGAGUAUCUGAAUUAACUUUCCAGGUAAGAUGCUGGAAUAAGUCAGUGGAAAUUGAAUUAGGGAGUUACAUCACUUUCCUUGUGGCUUCAACAAAAUACCGGACACAGGCAACUUAGUGGGGGUAAAGAGGAUUUGCUUUGCCUUAGAGGAUAUGAGUUGUCCCUUUUAAGUGUCUUCAGAUACUUCUGUACUGAUUUCCAUAGUAGUCGAACAAGUUUACAUUCCUGCGUUUCCCCAUAUUCUACUGACAUUUGAUGAAAGCCAUUUUGACUGGAAACUCAAAGAAGUUUUAAUUUGCAUUUCCUUGAUAGCUAAGGAUAUUGGACAUUUUUUUCAAGUAUUUAUCGUGGUACUUUAUAUUUGUCUUUGGAACUGUCUAUUCAGUUCAUUAAAUCAAUUGUUGGUUGGAUAAUUAGGGGUGUGUGUGUGUGUGUGUGUGUGUGUGUGUGUUUGUUGUUGUUGAGUUUGUUUUGUUUCCUUCUCUGUAACUGUAAGGACAAAUGUUUAUAGACUGAUAUUAGGGAAUAGACUAGUUUAGUAAAUAUAUGACUGUAGAUUCUCCUCCAAUAACCGUGAAUUCACCAGCAUUGAGGAUUAAGCCAGAUUUCCAGUACCAGACAUGCUUUGUCUCCUGUGGAGUGGGUCUUAAGUCCAAGUAGAAAGCUGGUGGUUACCACCAGGAAGUGUACCACUACUGCAUCCAUACGAUUAUUACGCUAUGCUGAUUGUUGAACUGGCUCACAGGCAUCAUAGCUGGGCAGAACUGCAGUUGCCUCACGGUUCCUAUCUUUGUUACGGUUUCUACUGCUGUAAAGACACACCAUGACCAUGCAAUUCUUAUAAAAGGAAGCAUUUAAUUGGGCAUGCCUUACAGUUCAGAGCUUUAGUCCAUUAUCAUGACAACAAGCAUGAUGUCAUACAAGUAGACAUGUACUGAAGGAGCUGAGAGUUCUACAUCUGGAUCAGCAGGAAGCAAGACAAGUGAGCAACUAGGCCUGGCUUGAGCUUCUGAUACCUCAAAGCCCACCCCCAAGUGACACAGUUGCUCCAACAAGCCCACACCUACUCAAGCAAGGCUGCACUUCUAAUAAUGCCUUAUGAGUCUAUGGGGCUAUUUUCUUUAUGAGUCUAUGUAGCUAAUUUCAUUCAGACAUCCACAGCACCUUCUGGUAACAUGCAAACUUGUCCUCAGGGAGAGGGCAUUUAGGGGUCUCUGAGCUCUGUUUCUAUAGUUCAUGGUGUCUUUAGUAAUAAGGGCUUACUUUUCACCUCUGGGGGGACAACCAAGAGCAACUGCAAUGAGCUGUAUGCUUUGGAAAUCUUGUGGACAGCUCUGGACAACACUCAAAGAGGGCUAUUUUAUAUCUGAUAUUGGAAGUCUUUGUUAGGUAGUCUGGCUCUUGAAAGGAACACUAUCACCCUAAAUGAGAAAAGUACAUUAAAACUAUAUAUGUAUGUUCAUACGCAGAAUUACAUGUAGUAUAGUGGGGUGUGUGUGUGUGUGUGUGUGUGUGUGUGUGUGUGUGUGUGUGUGUGUGUUUACAGCCUGACUUAAGGACCCUAUAAUGACCUGCCCAAACACAGGAAAGUAGAAACCGUAGCCAGUGAGUUCAUCUAUCCAAGUGGGUACAGCUUGAGAUAUUGCCUGAUUAUGGAGUCAGUGCAACCUUACUCAAACACAAAAUCUAUACUGAAUAACAUUUAACCAGAAAAUACAAUCUUGUUCUUUCAAAUCAGGAGCCAACCCUGUAUUGAAAGUCUAAGCCUAUACUGACAGCUCAAUUGAAAGUCUAACCAUUGGAAUUAGACAACCAAGGAACAGAGCAUGCAGCUAUCUAUUAACAACAAUUGGUGUCUAACUAGAAACCAUGUCUGAAUGCAAAGUCCAUCCAGAAAACUCCCCUGAACUCAAAGAAUAUGUAAUAACCUUGCCAAACUCAGGGAGUAUGACAGCAAGCAUACUACACAUGGAUGCCACUGGCUAGCCCAUCCAAACUCAGAAGUUGGAUUAAUUGGUGAGUGCUUUUCCUCUGAAAGCAAAUCUAUGAAGACUAGAUGUGGCUUCUUUCUAAACCAUGAAAACACCAAAGGACUGACAGACAGGCCAUGCAAUCAGAUGAGCUAAUGAAGGCCCAUCUGAACUAAUGAUGGCCCAUCUGAACUAAUGAUGACCCAUCUGAACUAAUGAUGGCCCAUCUGAACUAAUGAUGGCCCAUCUGAACUAAUGAUGGCCCAUCUGAACUAAUGAUGGCCCAUCUGAACUAAUGAUGGCCCAUCUGAACUAAUGAUGGCCCAUCUGAACUAAUGAUGGCCCAUCUGAACUAAUGAUGGCCCAUCUGAGCUAAUGAAAGAGAAACCUACCAACCAAGGAACCACUCAGAUAAGUGAGUAAAAUACAAGAAAACGUGUCGGGGAUUAGAUGGAGUGAGGAAACAACAGGAAGAAAGUAUGCAACCUGUCAAGGAAGCAGAAACCACAGGGAAAGGAAGGUACAGUGACAGCAAUGGUCUCAGAAAAAGUAAAUAUUGAAGAAAAUCAUAAAAUUAACUUGUGUUAUUUAUAUUAUUUUCUUUUAAGAUAUGAUUCAAGUUUAGAAAUUUCAUAAAACUAAAUUAAACACUAAUAUUUCUGUAUGAGCUGUGUUUAUAAUGACAAAAGAUGUAAGGCUGGGUAAAUGGUUCAGUGUAUAGGAGAACUUGUUCUACAAGGAUGAGGUCCUCAGAUAUAGUACCCACUAAGUAGUGGGGCAUGGCUGUGCAUUGAGGGCCAGAGACAGGCAGGUCCCAUAGCUCACUGUAGAGAGCAUAUGAGAAACAGUGAGCUUCUGAUCCAGCGGAAGACAGUGAUUCACAGCAAUACAGGCAUCCAGAGUCAUGUUCUGACCUCUGCAUGGAUAUGCCCAGCCACAUCCCUUACACAUGUGCACAUACCUCACAGGACACACAUAUUAGGGUGUGUGUGUGUGUGUGUGUGUGUGUGUGUGUGUGUGUGUGUGUUAUACUAAGAGAAAAUGAAGCUGUUAUCAAUUAGAAACAUUUAUUUCUAUGGAGAAAAGUAAUUAUAGAGAUAACAUAAGACUGGGCUAAAAUUUUCAAUAAAAGAUUCAGUAGGAUAUUCCAUAAAAGAUUCCCUUGAACUCAAGGAUAGGUCAUUUAAAAUUACACAGUAGAAGCAAAGUUUUUUUUUAAUGAAAAAGAAAAAACCCACAAGACUUCUGAGACAUCAUCAAACUAAAUAUAUGUAUGAUAGGAAUUUUAGAAAGCAGAGAGAUAAAAGAACAGAAAGGCUAUUUAAAGAAAUAAUAUGAUAAAAUGUUUCAAAUUUGGAGAGAGGGAGAGGAGAGAGAGAGACAGUUUCAUAGCUGCAAAGAUUCCCACCAUAAGACUGAGCACAAAAGUUCUAUAUGAGAGUGUAUAUAAUUAAAUUGCUAAAUAGCAUAUGUAAAGAAAAUAUUAAAAAAGAAAAAACCAUAUGACUCCUCAUAUACAAGAACCCCCUAUGAGAGGGAACACACCUAUUAGAUUGCCAAAGGACUGCUCAUAAAUACCUCAAACAUAAGGAGAACAUGGGAUAUCCUCACAAUAGUGAAUGUCAAAUCUGCCAGCCAAAAAUACUGUAGUCAAAAAUGCAGUCCUUCAGAAUGAGGGGAGUAAAAGUGCUCCAGUGAACUAUCCUGAAGAGGGAGCAUCACCCAGGGUUCCUUAGAGCUCUACAGACUCUAGUAUUCAAGUAAAACGACUUUCAACUACAAUUCACAAAGUUAAAUAUGUGGAAACUAAAUGACAGAAGUUUGAUGUUGGCCAUACAAUAUAAGGUUAUUGAUAAAUCAUAAUGUCUAAUCUCUACAUGUGAGGAGAGAAGCGUCAUGGAAACAUGAUCAUCAUCACAUUGCUGUUAACAGGAAUGUGAAAGGAAGAAGCUAAAAUUACAAGAUAUCUUACGAAAGCCACAAGAUGGUGGCAAAGGGAAUUCUAAAGUAGGAAUGCACAGAAAAAAACCUCAAAUUAUAUGAAAAGGUCACCAAAGGAAGACACCAAGAAUGGAGUAAAGAAUAGAAAAAUGGCAGAACAAGUGGUCAGAAAACCAUUAACAAAACGGAAACAGUAAAUACAGUACCUGACAAUGUUUAUUUUAAAUGUAAGUAGACUAAACUCUCUGAUCAGAAGAUGCCCGGUGACUGAAUAGAUUUUCCUUCCUUACAUCUUUCUUUCUUUUGAAAGUGUGAUGUAGUAAUCAUAAAAAAGGCUAAAUUUACCUGUAAAGGCACACCUUACUGAAAGUGAAGAGAUAGAAAAAGAUAUUCUAUACAAAUGAUAAUAAGAUAGACUUUAGUUAAUAAACACACAAAAGAAGGAAAUGACAGAAAAGGUAUAAAUAUCAUUGCACCUACAUAUAUAGAGCAAAUACUCUAAAUAUAUGACUAUCUAGAGAUGGAGCAGCAGAGGAAGAAAAUGAGAAUGAUGCCCUACACAGUACAUCCCCCAACAGAGAGGGCACGAACAGCAGAGACCACACAUGUCCUCGCAGACAUGUACAGAACAUUCUUCAGGAACAUGAGAGCCACAAAAAGAAGUCUUAAGGUUUCAAAGACUAAAGUCAAACAGAGCAUAUUUACUAACCCUAUUUGUAAAAGUACAAAUCAGUAAUGGGAGGAGAAUUCAUGAAAAUCUGGAAGUUAAGCAAUUUGAUCCCAAAAGACUAGUAGGACUGAUUAUAAAUGAGAGAAAUAAAGAAAUAAUGAGACAAAUGAAAGUGGAAACAAAAUUUAUCAAUGUAUAUGUGGUGCAGAAAAUAUAGGUUUUGAGUGGAAAGAUUACAGCUGUCAAGAAAAGGGCCUCAGGUUCACAGUCUAACUUGGAAUCUUAAAGAGCAGGGGAAACAACUGAGCCCAAAGUUCACAGAAAGGAGAGACUACUACACAGUAGGAAAGAAAUGAGUCAGAUAAAAGGAAUAAAAAACAUAACAAAGAUCAGUGAAACUAAGCUUUUUUAAUAUAAAAUUGACAAAUUUUUAGUCAACUAGAUUAAUAAAUGAAGCAAGUAGAAAUAUUUCAUAGCUCCGACGGCAGAAAUUUGGCUGAUAACCAAGAAGUGAUCCAGAUCAUAAGAGAAUACUCUGAACAAUUAUAUGCUAAGAAGUUACAUUAGCUAUAAUAAAUGGAAAUUCCUAAAAACAAACUACCACUCACCAAGACUGAACCAUGAAGAAACACAAAAUCCAAGUAAAUAACAAGUAAUCAGUAAUCAAAAAACCCCAACAAACAGAAUCCAGUGCCAUGUGGAUUCCCUACUGCUUGGCCCAAUAUUAAGAAUUAAUGUCAGUUCUUCUUGAACUCUUCCAAAAAACUUAGUGGACUGAACACUUCCAAACUUUACUUACAAGGUCAGUAUUACUCUGAAAGCAAAGUUAGAUGAGGACAUGGGAAGAGAAGAAAAUUACAUCCCAUUAUCAUUCAAACAUAGAUGCAAACAUUUUCAACAAAGUACUAACUAGUCAGCCACAUUCAAAACCUCAUACACUAUGUUAAAAUGGUAUUUGUUCUGUGGAUGGCUCAAAUAUGCAAAUAAAUACAUAUCAGAUGCUAAAUUAGAAAAAUAAAAACAUCAUAUUGUCAUACAGUAGAUAUAGAAAAAGAAUAUCACAAAAUUCCACAUUUUUAUGUUUAAAAACAAAAUAUUAAAUAUAGAGUUAGUGGAUCUCAGUACAAUAAAAGCACUCAUGCUCAAUAAUGAAAUGCAUUUUCUGUAAAAUCAGGACCAACACAAAAGGUUUAAAGAAAUAAAGGUUACAGAAAUCAUGAUGGGGAGAGCAGAGUUAUCUCUGUUUGCAGAUUGCACAGAAGUAGACUUUAAAAAUCCCUAAGACCAUACCUCCAAAUGAAUGAGCUCAAUAGCGCUCUGUCUCUCUAUACUAACAACACACCUCUGAGACAGAGGAGAGGAAUGGUCAUUUACAAUAACAGCAAGCCAAUAAAAGAAAAUCUGGAGUAAAUUUCAAUGAAGAAAAUGGAAUUUCUGUGAAUUAAUGUUAAUUUUUGUAAUUGAUGAAAUACAUUGAAGAAAAUAUAAAUAGAAAAAUAAACUAUGCUCAUGGAUUAGAAGAAUGAAUAUUAUUAAAAUGUCUUAGUACCCAAGUGUCUGUGUACAUGUAUAUAUGUAUGUAUGUGUGUAUAUUUAUUCACUACAAUUGCUGUUAAUAAUCCCAUCAUAUUUAACAUACAUAGUAAAGAAUUGUAUAGAACCGUAAAAGAUGUUGACUAAGCAAAGCCAUGUUGAACAAGAAGACUUAAGUGAAAGGUAUUAUACUUUCUGAUUUUAAACUGUAUUGAAAAGUUUUGUGCUCAAACCUUCAUGAUUCUGACAUAAGAGGAGCAUAGAUCAACAGAGCAGAGAGCUCAUAAAUUAAUUUAUGGAUAGAUCAUUAAUCAGUAAGUGACUGAUACAAAGAGUACAUGACAGUGAAUAUAAUAUUGUUUGCUUUAAUUUUUGAUAAAUGGUACUAGGAAAACUGACUGACUAAGGAUUGACCAGGAAAGGUCAAUAACAAUAUACUGGGCAAGAAGCAACCUAAGACGGAAGGAUUUCUUUGAACUCAUAGUCUAGGGUCAACUCUAUCACAGUGGUAAGGCUUAGCUAUGAUUCUACUUCACAGCUAUGAUGACAGGUAAUAAACAGCCAGCUUACAUCUCCAAGGAUCAAGGCCCAAGAGAAAAGAGGACUAGAGCAAGGUUGUAAACCUCAAAUCUAACCAGCAGUGGACCGCUUCUACCACCUGGGCUGCACCUCCUACAGGUUCUGCAACAUCCUAAACACACCAACUGGGAACCACGUGUUCAAAUUUUACAUUAGUCUGUGAGGGAUAUUCUGCAUUCAAAACAUAACAAGGAAAUUCCAUCUACUUCAACUUAGGUGUAGGUUAGCCAAAAAAUGUUCUCAUUUAGUAAAAACUCAUAAACCUAUAUAGUCAAAACAUAUUAUACUGUGUAGAAAUUUUGAUUUCAAAAGGACUCAGAACAUUCAUCAUUAGCUAAUGGAAUACAUGGCAAUGUAAUUAGGGGCCAAUCAGACAGAUACCUUCCACCUUCUUUAAAAUGCCUCAAGAAUGUAAGAUAGGUCAGUGGAUAAAUAGGUACAUGUCAAAUCAAAUAUAGAUAACUGAUUAUAAUAUAUAGGUUGGAGGUAUAUGUGCCCUAAACAUUUUUCAACCUUUCUGUAUGUUUAACAUUUGUAUAACAUUUAAGGUUGUUAUUCUCAAGUAUCCUCCUCCAGAGUCUCCUGCAGAAAGAUCAUCUCAUAGUCUUUUCCAGGGCUCUUAUUUGGAUCAUAUCAAAAAGAAAAUUUCCACUGUAAAUGAUAGAAAAAAACACACCUUAAAGACUCAUAAUUCAACUAUGGAGCUAGUUAGAUUUCUAUCAACUUAAUUUGGGUCAUCUGGGAAGAAGGAAUCUAGAUUUUAGAAAGAAAGACGGUAGGAAGGAAAGAAAGGAAG